UCAGUUCACGCCAUCUUUUCCCUCGCUUCGGCUCUCUCACUCUUCCCGAAACGAGCCAGACAGGGAGACGAUUGUCUUCGAGUUCCUUUUUGCCCUAAUUCCCCUAUCUGUACAGUAUCACAUCUCGAUUUCGCUUGAAAAUGCCUGCUGUUUCUCUUUCCAUUCGUGUUCGCGAGGCGAUUUUUAGCUCGUUUUGACCUUUUCCGCUCAAAACCCCUUCGGAAAUCGCUAUUUCUCGCAUCUUGUGCUUUCAAUGGCUUCUAGCUGCAAAUGCUACUUGAAUCUCGUUCGAUUUUGGGGCUGGAAGAUGAUUUUCGGUUCUUUUUGAGGUUGCUGGUGGGAAUCCCUUUUGGAAAUCGCUUUUCCCUGUGUUCUGUGUGUUGAACGGGUUGAAAUCAGUUGCAUGAGUGAAAUGCUUGGUGUUCUUUUGGUGUAUGAGCACUUUUAUUGGAAGGAAAAGGGGGCACGGGCGGCCUAAGUGUGUGUUGUAGAUGUUUUGUGUCACUUUCGGAUUCAGUGAUGGCACCUUCCAGAGCUGCCAGUGCCGUGGAAGCCAUGAAAACGCUAGGAAUUCCUCAACAGAAGGUGAAACCUGUUUUAAAGAACCUACUGGAGGUUUAUGAUAACAACUGGGAACUUAUUGAAGAAGAGAAUUAUAGAGUUCUUGCAGAUGCUAUAUUUGAUUAUGAGGAUUCUAAGGAAGAGGAAACAAAGAAGAAGAAAGUUGAUGAAAUUGAUAUUGUGGAAAACAAGAAGAAAGAAGCUUUGGUAGCUGAUGAACUAGCACGGCCAAAGAGAAGAUUGCAGCCAAGACAUGAUAGUGAUCAUUGCUCUUCACCUUCUGCACGUAACUCGGGAAUAGUGAUUGGUGAAUCUUCAUCUAAAAGGCCAAAAUUAGUUGAGGCUGUUUUGCCACAAAGUUUUCUCAGACAGGAGAACUCAGAGCUGCUUUCACCUAAUACACAUGCUACCGAGAAAAGAACUGAACCCAUGUCAAAUUUGGCACAUGUCACAGAGAAGCAAAGUCAGGCUGUUACACCCCAAACAUUCCUCAGAGAGAAAAGAUCCAAACCUCUAUCACCUCAAAUUGCUCCUAGGGAGAAAAUGCCAGUUUCUGAGAGAAUUUCUAAGACCAGCUUUAAAGAACCGAAGAUGGAACCUGGUGUUGAUCUUUUGCCGAAAGGAGAUAUGUCUAUUCAACAUCACUGUAAUGCACUAAUUACGCCCAAAAAUGAGCCCUUUGCUGAUGAUAUUCCACAGUUUGAGGUCCCUAUUGCUGUGAUCCAUCCUGUUCCAAGUCCAGUAAGAAAUGAAGUUCACCCAGAUCCAAAUAGUAAAGAAGGUUCUUCAUCUGGUAAUGAUUCUACUUCACAAACAGAUGCCCUGGAAGCCCUGGCAUCACAGUACGUAGAUGCUGAGGAUGAAGGAGGUGGUGUUCCAGGGACAACAUGCCAGAAUGGAACAAGUCUUGAGCUCGUAAGCGUUCCAGAGGCAUCUCCUGCUCACUUUGAAAUCGCAUCAUCAACCUCUGGAGAGGUGAAAAUUUCUCUGACUUGCAACUCUGCCCUUGAUCGGUCAGAUUUCCAUAUGCCAAAUCUAGAUGCAGUUUUAAAACUGGUCGAGGAUAAAUGUCUCAAAUCAUACAAAUCUAUUGAGCCCACUUUUUCAGUCAUGAAGCUGAUGAAAGAAUUGUGCCAAUGCUUUUUGGAACUGGGUACUGAUUCUACUAAUGAUAAACAGGAAAACCAUGUAAAUAUCACUCCAACCCUUGAUUUCUUGAAAACAUCUAAUGUGCGAAAUGUUUUGGGUGCUAAAUGCGAUCCCCUACAAGGCAAUUACAACAUUCCACCGGGUUCCUCAAAUGGUUCAGCCAAAUCUCAUGGCUCUGCUGAGGUGUUACACCAAGUUCCAAGGCUCCUUCUACCUUUGAAUGGUCUGGAUGGUUUUUGCCGCCGCAAGCAGCCUAACCGGAAUGCUUCUAGGAAUUCUGAUAAUGAAAAGGUGAAGGAGAAAAAGGAUUCGAAAGGUUCAGUACCUCCAAAGCCAAACUCAAACAGCUUGGUGGCUGUUCAGCAAUGCCAAGUCCCCUUAGAUGAUGCAAGGCCAUUGCAUGAUGUCAAUGACAUAGCUAAAGGAGAAGAAAGAGUGAGAAUUUCGUUGGUAAAUGAAAUCAAUAGUGACCGGUUUCCACCACCUUUUCACUACAUACCACGUAACAUAGUCUACCAAAAUGCUUAUGUUAAUUUCUCACUUGCGCGAAUUGGGGAUGAAGAUUGUUGUUCAGGCUGUUUUGGUGAUUGUUUGUCAUCGUCUAUACCUUGCGCAUGUGCACGCGAAACUGGUGGUGAGUAUGCCUAUACAUUUGAUGGCCUGAUUAAGGAAGAGUUUUUGGAAGAAUGUAUUUCUAUGAACCGUGACCCUGAGAAGCACCGCCAUUUCUACUGUAAGACUUGCCCUCUAGAAAGGUCCAAAAAUGAAGAUCUUCCUGAACCAUGCAAAGGCCACCUAGUGAGGAAAUUUAUCAAAGAGUGCUGGAGUAAGUGUGGCUGCAAUAAACAGUGUGGAAAUCGAGUGGUGCAGCGAGGCAUAUCAUGCAAUUUGCAGGUGUUUUUGACAUCUGAAGGAAAAGGGUGGGGCCUUCGAACCCUUGAGGAAUUGCCAAAAGGCACUUUCGUAUGCGAGUACGUUGGGGAAGUGUUGACCAAUUCAGAACUCUAUGAACGAAAUAUACGGUGCACUGGUAAUGAAAAGCAUCACUAUCCAGUGCUUCUAGAUGCUGAUUGGGGUUCGGAAGGAGUCCUGAAGGAUGAAGAAGCGCUUUGCUUGGAUGCAACAUUUUAUGGGAAUGUGGCAAGGUUUAUUAACCACAGAUGCUUUGAUGCAAAUUUGGUUGAGGUCCCAGUUGAAGUGGAGACUCCAGAUCAUCACUACUAUCAUCUUGCCUUCUUUACAACAAGAAAGGUGGAAGCACUAGAUGAGCUAACAUGGGAUUACGGGAUUGAUUUUGACGAUCGUGAUCACCCAGUGAAGGCAUUUCGGUGUGGCUGUGGAAGCAAGUUCUGCCGAGACAUGAAGCGUUCAAGCAGAUCUAAACAGAGAGCUUUAGUUUUGAGAUGAAACAUCACGUGUCUCUGCAACUAGAGGAUCAAGUUCAUAUACUGUGAAGCUGCAUUUCUGUUUAUGGGUUUUUCUCCAUGGUGAAAAGGGGGAGCAGCAUUUUGAGUUAUGUUUCUGGUAGACUGAUGUUUGCUGAGGUAACACAUCAAUGACGGUGGUUGUAGAUAUUUUGGCCUGGAUAAGUUGCCUAAGGGCAUUUUGGGGAUGUAUGUAUAGGGUUUGUGGAUGUAUAGCUGCUGGAUUAGCCUUUGCUUGUGAAUCGUCUUCCUGCUCUGUAUGGAAGGGUAGGCUGUUUAUAAGACACUAAUGAAUUGCUAACAAGGGAAAUACCUAAUGUUGCGUUAUGCACGUUGGGUAUAACCUUGCUUUUUCUGGCUGGCCCUCCUUUGGGUUUUUUUUUUGCUCAAGUGACCACAGAGAACCCUUUCAGGGGUUUCAGAGAAUAGUGGUCUCUUGGUUUGUUAGAGGUAUAAUACGAUGCCAGGAGAUGAUAUCACCAUAUAAUCUCUUAGUAUACAAUUUUUGUUGC